GUGAUAUCAGGCAUUGAAGCCUUCAAGCUUUUAGUUGUCCAGAAUUCACUUGACAAACGCGCAUCUGUAUAACUCGACCCCAUAGCAUGGCCUCACCAGAAGUGGCAACGCAUUACCAAGUCCUCAACCUCACACCCACGCUACUUGACACACAGCAUGAUUCUACACCCCUCAUAAAGCGCGCCUAUCACCGGGCCCUCCUCCGUAACCACCCAGACAAAGUCACAAAUUCAGAUCCAUCCUCUGUUUGCUUCACAGUCGACCAAAUCACAACUGCUCUCACCAUCCUUUCCGACCCUUCUUGUCGGGCAGCUUACGACGCCGCGCUGCGAGUGUCUCGCCCGAGCGAGAAGAGAGAUGGCUCUUUUCAGAUCGGCGUGGAAAGUGUUGACCUAGAUGAUCUGGCAUUUGAUGAGGAUCAGGAAUGCUGGUACCGCCCUUGUCGCUGUGGGAAUGAGCACAGCUAUGAGUUUUGCGAAGCAGACUUGGAAGAAGUGAGUGAUGAGGGGGAGCUUGUGGUUGGCUGUCUCGACUGUAGUUUGUGGCUUCGAGUUCACUUUGCCGUUAUUGAGGAUGAACAGGAAUCACAUCCUUCAAAUAAAACUUCGAAAGAUAAGACUUGACUUUACGGCCUCCUCAGAAUCAGAUUAUGGUUGAACCAACCAUGACAGAGUACUCUUGUCCGCAUAUAUCUUGGCAAGGGCAUGAACUGUGCCGGGAUCAACGAUCCAAGAACCCGGCCAGCAAUCAAGCAAGAUACCUGGCACCGCAACCUGGUGUUGUUGCUUGUAUGCCAAAAACCCAAUUCAGUUUCUUCAGCUGCGUCAUCACUAGUCAUAUAUUUCGUGUAUUGAAAGUAAUUUUAGUAUUUUUAUUGUCCAGACGGCCAACGCAUUAACAGUCUAAAAGCAGAACGUAAAAGUGCUCUGUUGUAGACUCUCCUUGCCAGCCCGUUGGUGAAAAAGUCAGCCCUUCCA